AUGCUUCAGCCAUAUUGGAUUGGUUCCUCCAAACCACUCAAGCUCUCACAUAACUUUCAACCCAAAGACAAAAGCACCAGCAACCCGGACCAUACUACCGGGCUUUCUGCUGGUCCGUGGUUCCAUUCCGUGGCCCAGACGCUCAGUAGCGUCCAUGAUAGCGCGCAACCACCGCUGCGAGAAGUGGGAACUGAACUCACCUACACUGGAGCAGACCGGCAAGUCCUCAGCAACCCCGUUGGUGCUCUUCUAACCGAAUCCCGCCCGGUACUGUUCCGCGGCGCCGAGGGGCAAAAAAAACCCGUGGAUCGUAAACGGCCGGAGAAACUCGAGAGCGAUCUAUAA